GGUCAUCUCUCUCCAAAACAGUCCGAUCUGACUACGUUGGUUGACAACUUCUAGAACGGGCUGGUUUUUCUUUCCUGUCUUGGAUCCGGAUAACCUGUGUGUCUCUCACUCAUUCUGCGAUGGCUCUUCCGAACCUCGGUCAAAUUACGAGUUUGAACGUGGAUUACCGGCACUGCAAAUGUUGUUCCUCAAAGGAGACGCAAUAAAGAGAAGGACAGAUAAGUGCAGCGGGUCGACCUGAAGGAAGGGAUCUCCCGGUAAUAUCAGUGGUAUAUGUGCAGCGGACGAGUUUUUUUUUUUUCUUUCGUGAGUUCUUCUUUUUUUUCCGCGUGCUGGGUAGAUCGAGGACCACUUGAUUCUCGUCUCCCUCGUUGGGUUCGACUUCCCUCCUUUCCCUCCCUUUAGGUGUGAAAUCCAUCCUCUCAGACAGAGACUCUGAACCCCCAGGUCCCCGCAUGACAUGGUUCAGUCCAGCUGCGAGAUCCGAGCCUCCUCCAUGCAUUGGGAUUUUUCUCAGCACCGACACCGAGUGAAUCUCCCUCUUUUGACCAUCUGAGAAGUAUCGCGCACUGCCCGAGCAGAGAAAAAGCCCUGCCAUGACCGCCGCUUCCAUUCGGGACCGAGCAACGGGACUUGCGGGGAGACCGGAAUGCGCAUGCAGGAAAGAGGACGGAAUACGGAUUUUUGCUCUAAUGAAGGCGGGAGUGCGGGCGCACCAUUGGAGCCGGGUGCUGCUCUUCUAUGUGGGGCUACUGGUCGCCUCAGCAAACGCUCAGAACUGCAGCUACACACUACACAGUCCCAAUGGGACGAUAGAAAGCCCCGGCUACCCUUACGGUUACCCCAACUAUGCCAACUGCACAUGGGUGAUCGUGGCGGCGGAGCACAACCGGAUACAGUUGGUGUUUCAAGGGUUCGCCCUGGAGGAGGACUUUGACAUCUUGUCUGUAUACGACGGACCUCCCAGCCCGGGGAACCUUCGGACAAGGUUAACGGGAUUCCAGCUGCCUUCGCCCAUCGUCAGUACGGGCUCCAGGCUCACACUGUGGCUUCUGUCCGACUACGCCGUCAGCGGGCAGGGAUUUAAAGCUGCCUAUGAAGCUCUGCCCAGUUACACUUGCGGUAAUCCCGGACAGCUGCUCAACGGCCACCAGCAGGGGUCCACGUUCAACAUUGGAGACAAAAUCCGCUACAGCUGCAGCCCGGGCUACGUGCUGGAGGGUCACACCACCCUGUCCUGCCUUGCCACUUCAGCGGGUACUGCUGCCUGGGAUUUCCCCCUCCCCUACUGCAGAGCGGACGAUGGUUGUGGCGGAACGCUGCGGGGCCAGAGUGGGGUGAUCACCACCCCCAAUUACCCGGCUGACUACAACAACAACGCCGACUGCACCUGGACUGUGCUGGCCGAGCCGGGAGACACCAUCGCCCUGGUGUUCUCCGACUUUCAGCUGGAGGACGACUAUGACCUGCUCGAGGUCAGCGGCACGGAGGGCUCCUCACAGUGGUUCACUGGCCCUAACCUCCCCUCACCCAUCAUCAGCAGCAAGAAUUGGCUCCGGCUUCACUUUACCUCAGAUGGCAACCACAAGUUGAGAGGUUUCAGCGCCCAGUACCAAGUGAAGAAGAUGACUGAGCUAAAGUCUCGAGGUGUGAAGAUGUUGCCUAGCAAAGACAACCACCACAAGAUCUCAGUGUUGUCUCAGAUGGGUGUCGCGCAGGGACACAACAUGUGUCCAGACCCAGGGAUCCCUGAUCGAGGAAAAAGAAAAGGCACCGACUUUAGGCGAGGAGCCACGGUGCAUUUCUCCUGCGACGAGGGUUAUGAACUGCAGGGCUCCAAGAGCAUCAGCUGCCUCAGAGUGACAGACAGCUACGUAGGCUGGAGUGACGAUCGGCCCAUAUGCAGAGCACCAAUGUGCGGAGGCCAGUUGAAAGGACCCAGUGGUGUCAUCACCUCUCCAAACUACCCGGUCCAGUAUGACAACAAUGCCAACUGCACUUGGCUGAUCACAGCCACGGACACAUCUAAGGUGAUCAAGCUGACAUUUGAGGAUUUUGACCUGGAGCGAGGCUACGACACCCUUACAGUGGGGGACGGCGAGGUGGUGGGAGACCAGAAGACCAUCUUCCACGUCCUGUCUGGAACCACCACUCCAGACCUUGUGGUUAGCACCAGCAACCUGAUGUGGCUUAACUUUAAAACAGACGACACCAGUGGCUCUCUGGGAUUCAAGGUGUCCUAUGAAGAAAUUGACCAGGGCAGUUGCGGAGACCCCGGAAUCCCAGCUUAUGGCAAAAGGGAGGGCACAAGUUUUCGUCACGGGGAGCGACUCUACUUUGAGUGUCUGCCCGCCUUCGAGCUGGUGGGGAAGAAGAACAUCACCUGUCAGAAGAACAACCAGUGGUCGGCCAAGAAACCCAGUUGUGUCUUUUCCUGUUUCUUCAACUUUACUACUCCAUCCGGGGUGCUGCUGUCCCCCAACUACCCUCAGGAGUACGGCAACAAUAUGCACUGCGUGUGGUUGAUCAUCACCAAUCCCGAGAGCCGCAUCAAUCUGGCCUUCAAUGACCUCAGCAUGGAGAAACAGUUUGACUUCCUCUCAAUCAAAGAUGGUGGAAAGGCCGAGUCUCCUAUCCUGGGUACCUAUUCCGGUGCCGCCUUACCCCCUCCUAUAACAACUAGUGCCCAUGUGGCCCGGCUGGAGUUUCUGACCGACCACACGUAUACAGACAGAGGCUUCAACAUCACAUUUACAACAUUUCGCCACAACGAAUGCCCUGACCCGGGCGUGCCAGUCAACGGGAAGCGCUUCGGCGAGAGCCUUCAGCUGGGCAGUUCGAUCUCAUUCCUGUGCGAGGAGGGCUUCGUUAAGACCCACGGCUCGCAAACCAUCUCUUGCAUUCUCAAGGAUGGCAACGUGGUUUGGGACAAUGCAGUUCCCCGCUGUGAGGCCCCAUGUGGAGGGGAUCUGAAGGCUCCCAGUGGGAUCAUCCUCUCCCCUGGCUGGCCGGAACUCUAUAAGGAGGCCCUUAACUGCGAAUGGAUCAUUGAGGCUCCUCCAGGCUACCCCAUCAAGAUCAUCUUUGACAAGUUCCGCACGGAGGUCAACUACGAUGUCCUUGAGGUGCGGGACGGACGGUUUCCCUCUUCACCUUUGAUCGGCAGUUACCAGGGUACCCAGGUUCCCCAGUUCGUCAUCAGCACCUCCAGCUUCCUGUACCUCCUCUUCUCGACUGACAAGAGCCACUCCGACAUCGGCUUCCGCAUACGUUACGAAACUUUGCAGCUGCAGUCGGACCACUGCGUGGACCCCGGUAUUCCUGUCAACGGGCAGCGACACGGAAACGACUUCUAUGUCGGCGCUUUGGUGACAUUUAGCUGUGAUGCGGGUUACACACUCAGCGACACGGAGCCUUUAGAGUGUGAACCCAAUUUUCAGUGGAGCCGCCCCCUGCCUAGCUGCGAUGCACUGUGUGGAGGUUACAUCCAAGGCAACUUUGGCACCAUCCUGUCACCUGGCUUCCCGGACUUCUACCCUCACAACCUGAACUGCACGUGGAUAAUCGAGACGUCCCAUGGCAAAGGUGUCCAAUUCAACUUCCACACCUUCCACCUCGAGAGCCCUCACGAUCAUUUGGUGGUGACGGAGAACGGCAGCUUUUCUCAGCCCCUGUGGAGGCUGACGGGCUCCACGCUGCCGCUGCCUCUCAGCGCCGGCCUCUUUGGAAACUACACCGCUCAGAUCCGCUUUCUCUCCGACUUCUCUGUUUCCUACGAGGGAUUCAACAUCACCUUCUCCGAGUAUGACCUGGAGCCGUGUGAGGACCCUGGAAUCCCGCCGUACAGUGCCAGAAAGGGCCUUCACUACGGGGUGGGGGACUCCCUCAUCUUCUCCUGUUUCCCGGGCUAUCGGCUGGAGGGUCCGGCGAGGGUGAUUUGCUUAGGGGGCAGGAGGCGGGUUUGGAGCUCCCCUCUGCCAAGGUGUGUUGCUGAAUGCGGCUCGUCCGUGACCGGCAUGCAAGGGGUGCUGCUCUCGCCCAACUACCCCGGUUACUACGGCAACAACCACGAGUGCAUCUACUCCAUCCAGACUCAGCCCGGCAAAGGCAUACAGCUACGGGCGCGAGACUUUAGACUUGAGGAGGACGACGUGCUCAAAGUCUUUGAUGGCAGCAGUAAUGAGGCUCGUCUGCUGGGGGUGUUUACGGGCAGCGAGAUGCUGGAGACCACCUUGAACUCCACCUCCAGCUCCAUGUGGCUGGAGUUUAUCAGCAAUGCGGAAAACACCAGCAAAGGCUUUGAACUUCACUUCAUUAGCUUUGAGCUGGUGAAAUGCGAGGACCCAGGCGUUCCCCAGUUUGGCUACAAGCGUGAGGACAAGGGUCACUUUGCUGGGAGCAGUGUGUCGUACAGCUGUGACCCAGGCUACACCCUGAAAGGCCCCCAGGUGCUUACCUGCCUGAGAGGGGAAAGGAGGGCAUGGGGAAGCCCCCUCCCACUCUGUGUCGCUGAGUGUGGCGGCACCAUAAAGGAUGAGCCUUCUGGUCGUAUACUUUCUCCUGGCUAUCCGGCCCCAUACGAGCACAACCUGCACUGCAUGUGGACUAUUGAGGCCGCCCCUGGAAGCACAAUCAGCCUGCAUUUCCUGGUUUACCACACGGAGGAGGUCCACGAUGUACUGCGGAUCUGGGAUGGGCCGCAGGAAGGAGGGGUCCUGCUGAGGGAGCUCAGUGGUUCAAUGUUGCCCCCGGAUGCCCACAGCACCUUCAACACUGUCAGCCUGCAGUUCACCACUGACUUCUUCACUAGCAAGCAGGGCUUUGCUCUGCAGUUCUCUGUCUCCACUGCGACCUCCUGCAACGACCCGGGCAUGCCGACCAACGGGACGCGCGGCGGUGACAGCAGGGAGCCCGGAGACCACGUGGUGUUCCAGUGUGAUCCGGGCUACAUUCUGCAGGGGGCCAACAGAAUAACCUGCGCGGAGAUCAACGGCCGCUUCUUCUGGCAGCCGGACCCUCCGACCUGCACAGCACCAUGUGGCGGGAACCUGACCGGUCCGAGUGGGCUGAUUCUGUCUCCGGACUAUCCUGAACCCUACCCGCACGGAAGGGAGUGUGACUGGACAGUCACUGUAACACUGGACUACGUCAUUGCUCUUAGCUUCAACCAGUUUAGCUUGGAGCCCAGUUAUGACUUCUUGCAUAUCUAUGAUGGACCGGACUCCCUCAGCCCCUUGCUGGGGAGUUUUUAUGGCACAGACUUUCCAGACCGCAUUGAGAGCAGCUCCAACACGCUGUUCUUGGCUUUCCGCAGCGACGCUUCCCUCAGCAGCAAUGGAUUCGUUCUGCAGUACACAGAGAACCCCAGGGAGUCUUGCUUUGAGCCGGGCGUGGUGCGAAAUGGGACUCGGGUGGGCGCCGAUCUCAAGCUGGGCUCCACUGUCGCCUACCGCUGCGACAGUGGCUACACACUAGAGGGGGACCCAACCCUCACAUGCAUCAUGGGGGGAGACGGCAAGCCGAGCUGGAACAAACCCAAGCCCAUCUGUAUUGCUCCAUGUGGUGGACAGAACUCCGGUUUGGAAGGAGUGGUCUUGUCUCCUGGUUACCCCGGCAACUACAGCAGUGCACGGACCUGUCUGUACUCUGUGGUGGUGCCCAAGGAUUACGUGGUCUUCAGUCAAUUCACCUUCUUCCACACGGCCCUGAAUGAUAUCGUAGAGGUUUACGACGGGGCGACACAACACUCCCGGGUUCUCAGCUCCCUGUCUGGAGCGCACACAGGGGAAUCGUUGCCGUUAGCAACCUCCAACCAAGUCCUGAUCCGUUUCACCUCCAAAGGCCAAUCCAGCUCUCGAGGAUUCCACCUCGUCUACCAAGCCGUGCCACGGACAAGCGCCACCCAGUGCAGCUCAGUCCCGGAGCCCCGGAAUGGCCGCCGCAUGGGCAACAACUUCGCCGUCGGUGCUGUGAUCCGCUUUGAGUGCAGUCCAGGUUACGUGCUGGAGGGGCCCAGUGCCAUCGAAUGCUUGACCGUUCCUAAUGCCCUGGCACAGUGGAACAGCUCCAUACCCAGCUGUAUAGUUCCAUGUGGAGGUAAUCUGACCCAACGAACUGGCACCAUCUUAUCUCCCGGCUUCCCCGAGCCUUACCUCAACAGCCUCAACUGUGUCUGGAAGAUCACUGUUCCAGAAGGAUCAGGAGUCCAGAUCCAGGUAAUCAGCUUUGUGACGGAGCAGAACUGGGACUCCCUGGAAGUGUUUGACGGAGGCGACAACACUGACACCAUGCUUGGCAGCUUCUCAGGCACCACCGUGCCGGCUCUCCUCAACAGCACCUCAAACCAACUCUACCUGCACUUCUUCUCGGAUAUCAGUGUGUCUGCAGCUGGAUUCAGGCUGGAAUACAAAACGGUGUCUCUCACCAGUUGCGCAGAGCCUGUGGUUCCCAUGAACAGCAUCAAGGUGGGGGAGCGUCUCCAGAUGAAUAAUGUGGUGUCUUUCCAGUGUGAACCUGGAUACACUUUACAGGGGAACUCGCACAUCACCUGUAUGCCUGGGACCUUUAGACGAUGGAACUACCCUCCUCCUCUCUGCAUAGCUCAAUGCGGUGGGAUUCGGGAGGAGAUGGAGGGCAUGAUUCUCAGCCCCGGUUUCCCUGGCAACUACCCUAGCAACGCCGACUGUACAUGGAGAAUCUAUUUGCCAGUUGGUUACGGAGCCAACCUGCAGUUCCUCAACUUCUCCACCGAAGCCAACCAUGAUUUUCUUGAGAUACGCAAUGGUCCCCUUGAUACAAGUGCAGUGAUCGGUCGAUUCAGCGGCCAGGAUAUUCCCCCCUCCGUUUUCUCCACUUCCCACGAGACCACAGUUUAUUUCCAUAGUGACCACUCACAAAACAAACCGGGGUUCAGAUUCGAGUACCAGGCCUACGAGCUACAGGAGUGCCCCGAUCCAGAGCCUUUCCGUUACGGAGCGGUGGUGGGAGCCGGCUUCAAUGUGGGCCAGUCUAUUUCCUUUGAGUGUCUGCCCGGGUAUCAGCUAAUGGGAUAUUCCAUCCUCACCUGUGAGCACGGCACCACACGCAACUGGGAUCAGCCUUUCCCUCGCUGCGAAGUGCCUUGCGGGGGGAACAUCACAUCAGACAAUGGGACCAUUUUCUCCCCGGGUUACCCAGAGGAGUACCCUAGCUCGGCUGACUGCUCCUGGCUGAUCACGGUUGCUCAUGGCUUCGGCAUCAAAAUCAACUUCACCCUGCUGCAGAUCCACGGGCCACACAAUUUCAUCACUGUUUGGGAUGGUCCACAGGAGACAGCCAGGAAACUGGGAGUGUUCACUGAUGGGGAGCCAAAUGACCCGCCCAGUAGCACAUCCAAUCAGGUGUUGAUACGUUUCCGUAGCAACACCGAGAAGGGCGGACUAUUCCGUAUCAGCUAUCAAGCUUACAGGCUGCAGUUCUGCCUGCCUCCCCCCAUCAUUCCUAAUGCAGAGAUCCUGAUGGCAAGCAAAGAGUUUAAAAUAGGUGAUAUAGUGCGCUACCGAUGUCUUCCCGGCUACCAAUUAAAUGGAAACAGCAUCCUGACCUGCCGGUUGGGGACGCACUUGGAGUUCGAGGGACCUCCACCCUCAUGUGAUGUUACUUGUCCCAUGAAUGAGGUAUUGACAGCUUCCACAGGUGUCAUCAUGAGCCAGUCACCAGGCAACGGUUUCCCCCAUUUUGAUUCAUGCUCCUGGGUGGUCAAAGUAGAACCUGGCUACAAUAUCACCUUCACCAUAGAACACUUCCAGACCAGCCGGCAGUUUGAUGAGCUCGAGAUCUUCGACGGCCCAUCCAGACAGAGCCCUCUUCUCAUUACCCUCAGUGGUAAUUAUUCUAACCCACUGAGCAUCACCAGCUCCAGUAACAGAGUCUAUUUGCACUGGUCCUUCGACCACACAACCCGCCACAAAGGCUUUCGCAUACGCUACUCAGUUGCCUACUGUAGCCCUCACAACAACCCUGCAAAUGGCACAGUGCACAGUCUUACAGGCACUAAGCUGGGCAGCACGCUGCGCUUCAGCUGUGACCAGGGCUUCCGGCUUAUUGGUCAGAGCAGUGCCACGUGCACGCGGACUGCACAGGGGAUCUACCAGUGGAAUGCACCAGUGCCACUUUGCCAAGUCACGUCUUGUGGAAUGCCAGUGCCUCCGGUCAACGGCAGUAUCGGGGGUCAGGACUUCUCUUUAGGAGCCAGGGCCACGUACCAGUGUAAUCCCGGAUUUCGGCUCACAGGACCUAUCACUACCUCAGUGACCUGUCAGGAAUCCGGGCGGUGGAGCCCCAUUGAAGCCCCACCCAGAUGUGUCCCGGUAACCUGCCCUGACAUUGGCCACUCUGCUGUGGAACAUGGGAGAUGGAGGCUCAUCUACGGUACUCAAAACCAAUACGAUACUUUGAUGAUGCUCAUAUGUGACCCUGGAUAUUACUACAGGGGUCAAAGGGUCAUUCGCUGCCAGGCCAACAGCACCUGGAACUACCCAGAUCCACGGCCAGUCUGCGAGAUCAUCUCCUGUGGGGACCUUGGUACUCCACCAAACGGCAAUAAGAUUGGAACACUCACAGUGUAUGGAGCCACUGCCAUUUUCUCCUGCAACACAGGAUAUACCUUGGUAGGCUCUCGGGUCCGAGAGUGUAUGUCCAAUGGCCUUUGGAGUGGAACACAGGUCCAGUGUCUAGCUGGCCAUUGCGGCACCCCGGAGCCAAUCGUGAAUGGACAAAUCAAUGGAGAGAAUUAUAACUACCGAGGCAGCGUUGUCUACCAGUGUAACCCUGGAUUUCGUCUCAUUGGGGUGUCGGUGCGAAUCUGCGAGCAGGAUCACCGCUGGUCCGGACGAACCCCCGUCUGUGUCCCCAUCACCUGCGGGCAUCCUGGUAACCCCACCUUUGGUAUGACCCAAGGAACCCAGUUCAACUUAAAUGAUGCUGUGCGCUUUGUCUGCAACACCGGCUAUGUUCUGCAGGGGGCUGUAAAGUCGGCCUGCCAGGCCAACGGGCAGUGGAGUAACGCCCUCCCCAGGUGUAAAAUUGUGAACUGCACGGAGCCGGGUCAUGUGGAGAACAGCAUCAGGCAGAUAUUGCCCAGUGGGCCGCAUCGCUACAGCUUCCAGACCACCGUGUCCUACCGCUGUAACCCCGGAUACUACCUGCUGGGUACCAGCUCCAUCUCCUGUCAGGGGGACGGUACCUGGGACCGCUCGCUGCCCAAGUGCCUGUUGGUGUUGUGCGACCGCCCCAGCAUGCCUCCCUACGCCCAGAUCUCCGGCGACCGGCGGACAGUAGGCUCAGUCAUCCGCUACAGCUGCAUCGGCCAGCGCACCAUCGUCGGCAACACGACGCGCAUGUGCCAGCUGGACGGCCAGUGGAGCGGCUCGCCGCCGCACUGCUCCGGCGACGCAGCCGGGCUGUGUGGAGAUCCAGGUACUCCGGUGCAUGGAAUCCGUCUGGGAGAAGAGUUCACGGUCGGCGCCGCUGUCCGCUUCAGCUGUGAGCCGGGCUAUUUGCUGAAGGGCUCUCCGGAGAGAACUUGCCUCGCCAACGGGUCCUGGCUCGGCACCCAAGCCGAGUGUCACGUGAUCUCCUGUGGAAACCCAGGAACUCCACGUAAUGCCCAGAUCCUGAACCACGACGGCCUAACGUUUUCCAGAUCUAUUACCUACGCUUGCAGAGAGGGCUACUACUCAACCGGCCUGCUCACCCGACACUGCACUGUUAACGGCUCGUGGACCGGCAACAUGCCUGAGUGCUCUGUAAUCAACUGCGGUGACCCUGGCGUGCCAGCCAACGGGUUGAGGCUGGGCAAUGAUUUCAUUUACAACCUCACGGUCAGUUUCCAGUGUUCCCCUGGUUUUACUAUGGACGCGGACCGGGCCUCCACUCUUAUCUGCACCAAGGACCGGACCUGGAACGGCACCAAACCUCACUGCAAAGCGAUCGUAUGUGGUCCACCGCCUAUCAUCCCUAAUGGACAGGUUGUCGGUACAGACUUCACCUGGGGCUCCAGCAUCAGUUACUCCUGCAACCAAGGUUACCAGCUGUCUCUGCCCACUGUGUUAACAUGCCAGGGCAACGGCAACUGGAGCGGAGAGAAACCCCAGUGCUUCCCUGUGUUCUGUGGAGACCCAGGGAUGCCCGCCCAGGGGAGGAGGGAAGACCGAGGAUUCACCUAUCUCUCCUCCGUCUCCUUCUCCUGCUACUCUCCACUUAUCCUGGUGGGAUCUACCAGGAGAUAUUGUCAGUAUGAUGGCACUUGGAGUGGCACACAGCCCUCGUGCAUAGAUCCCACUCACACUACCUGUGGAGACCCCGGCACUCCUCUCUUUGGAAAUCAGAACAACAGUCAAGGCUUCCAGAUCAGCAGCACUGUGUUCUUCAGCUGUAGAAAGGGAUACUUACUUCAGGGCUCCAUUACUCGCACUUGUCUGCCCAACCUCACUUGGAGUGGUUUUCAACCUGAGUGCAUUGCCCACCACUGCAGCCAACCGGAGCUGCAAGCCCAGUCUGAUGUUAGAGCCAUUGAACUGCCAUCUCUUGGCUACACACUGAUCUACACGUGUCAGCCUGGCUUCUACUUGGCCGGAGGAUCAGAACACAGGACCUGCAGGUCCGAUGGAAGCUGGACAGGGAAACCACCUCUCUGCGCAGCUGAUAAUCGCCCGAGUGGUAAGAGCCCGGUGGGUACAGUGCAGGAGCCGCCGUCCAAGUUACCAGUCCCUGCCGGUGUCUUUUCCAAGAACUCCCUCUGGAGGGGAUCCUACGAGUACCUCGGGAAGAAGCAACCCGCUAUGCUCAGCAUCACCGCUUUCGAACCCUUUAGCAACCGUGUUAACGCGACACUCAUCGACCACAGCGGAGUGGAACUCAAACUGGCUGGUAUUUAUAAAAAGGAGGAAGCUCAGCUGCUGCUUCAGGUCCACCAGAUCAGAGGCCCCGUGGAGAUCUUUGUCAACAAGUUCAAAAUAGACAACUGGGCCCUUGAAGGACAUGUGUCCUACAUCUCUUCAUCCAACUCCUUUGUGUACCAGGGAUUUGUCAGAGGAAAAGGCUUUAGCCAAUUUGGUCUCCAAAGACUGGAGAGCUUAGAUUCCAGCAAAGACAACACAGGCUACAACUUUGCAUCCAACAGCAGUUCCGUGGCAGCAGCCAUCCUAGUGCCUUUUAUAGCCAUGAUCAUCGCAGGCUUCGCUCUGUAUCUCUACAAACACAGGAGAAGACCCAAAGUCCCCUUCAAUGGUUACGUGGGCCACGAGAACACCAAUGGACGCGCUACGUUUGAGAACCCCAUGUAUGACCGCAACAUCCAACCCACCGACAUCAUGGCCAGUGAGACAGAGUUUACAGUCAGCACAGUGUGCACUGCUGUAUAGCAACUUCUUCCCCCAGAGUUAGGGGAGGAGAGGUGGACCACAUAGCUUGCCUGCCAACUGAGGACAUCCAUAGUUCCUCGGGCCGAGGGCAAGACAAAGAUCCUUUUAUUUGCUGUAGUACAUUCAAGAAACAUCUCCAAUGGCAAAGGCUCCGACCCGCAGCAGACGAGAAAAAAGUGGAACCACGUGAAGACAAUAAGGACUGUAACAAAAGCCAACAACAAAAUGCUUUUUGUAACUCUUCAUGGUUUCUUGAUACUUUUUCCAUAUUUCGAGGAGGAGCUUUGACCUGAAACUGCAGCCUGCAGGAGUACUGCUGGAAGCAAAGCUGUGAUGGAUUUUCUCACCUGCUUCGCCUGAACCCAAAGGGAAUUGUAUGGUCAACCAUAAGUCUAGAAAUUGACCUGUAGCUAACAAAGAUCUCCGUGCAAGUCAACUGCACGGAGGACAACCACACGUCGGUCUGCUCGACUCGAAGAGAGACAGUCUGGACUGUUUUGAUUCAAGCUUCUCUCUGUUUUCCAUUUUUCUCAUUUUGGGUUCUCUUUUUAUACACUGCUUGCUUUCUGUGAUGAAUAACUGGAAACCCUGUAAUUCCCGGACGGUCUGUUCCUGCAGCUGUCUGGAAGUGUUCGUAGGAGGCCCGUCAGUCUCUGGCUGUGAAUGAGUUAAAAAUUCACUACGUCAUGAUGCUCAUUUGUUGAGGUUUCUUUGAAGCAGGAAUGAAAUCUGCCUGCGAAGGCAGCUGUGUCCAGAGGACAUGUUAAAAGGUUGCAACGGCUGCUUUAGACAAAACGUGCACUUAUGUGUACAGGUCAGUGAGACGUUUCCCCUUUGUCUUUUGGCCCCGAAUCUACCCUGAUACACAACUUUGCAAAAUGUUCUCAACCAUUAUUUUCUUUGGAGUCAUGACACUACCUGCAGGCCCUGUACAUGGAUAAAACAAAAGGAUAUCGGGAACAAAUGCUGUUAAAUUGACUAGGAAAAAGGUGUGUGAGCUUUUAUCUGCUUCUCUCUGUUUUCAAUGAUUGACGUGCGAUCUCUUUACAUGUUUAUGUCUGGAAGAGAAGACCAGACCUCAAGGAGGUGUGGAAAAGCAAAUCCAACUCUUGUCUAACAAAAUGGUAAAGAAGAGCUUAUUAUCUCACAUUUGCUCCACAUUGGCAUCUGUUACAACUUUUCUGCCCAUUUGGAGGAAAAUCGCCUUGGUGAAAGUAGGCAUGUCAACUACGAUACAUUACAUUUCAGUGAUGUGUAAAUGUCUCGGGACCACAUCUCUUUUUUCUCUUUGUUUCCAAAAGUCCCCCCCCCCCCCCAAAAAAAACUAUUGCACCAAGCAAUUGACAGAGAAACACGCGGCCCCUUGUUCUUUGGACAUACAGAAUUUUUGUCUAAUGUUUCUGCAGCUUGAAGGUAAUACGUACUGCAUUCUCCCUGAGAUGGAGUGUCAGCGUGAGCUCCUUUUAACUUGGCCUUAGGAAAACAAAGAUCAAAGUGUGGCCGUGUUUGAACUCCCUCAAAAUGUACAGCUGAAGGCCCCCCGAGUCUGAAGAAUGGAUUCCCAGUCAGAUGUGUGUUUCUCCUGGAUUACGCGCAGGUCUUUUUUUUCCUCCCAAGUUAACUUCUGACAGCUCAGGCCUUCUAGAAAAAAACACUGGGGUUGCUUUGCUUUUGUCGUCGCUCAUGGUGGAAAUGUUGCAGACGCUUCCCUCUGAGCUGUGACAGCCGAGGAGCUGCUCGCAUACCAAUUACUCCGAUGCAUUCAAUUUGAAAUGAUAAAUGUGAUAAGAAAACCGCGUUCAUGCUUCUGAUGCCAGGGAGUGAUACCCAGAAAUAUGGUUUGGAAAGUGCGACACAGGAGGAGACUGUCGAUAACUAUGAAAGGAGGAAUCUACUUUGGCAGGUGGAUGACAUCACCAACGUGAAACAAUCAGAACGCUAAUGAAUUUGUGACCCUUAAAUUGUGUGUUUGUCGGUGUGUGUGUGUGUGUGUGUGUGUGUGUGUGUGUGAAAGCGUUUGAGUGGGUGGAUUUAUAAAAACACCUCCUCCCAGCUAUCUGGCCCUCGCUCACCAUCCCCAUACAUGUGUAUUCAUGCUGUAGAGGGUGAAUAGUGCUCCGAACUUCACUGCAGCAAAUUGAGCCAUUACGUGCAAUUUACUUUAAUUUAGCCAUGCCUCAUUGUCAUACCCAUAUUGAAUCCUGAGUUCACCUUCGCAUCAUCACUGACAGGACAGGUCAUCAGUUACGUAGUGUGGAAAACAUCCAUAGCUUCCUACCAUGUAGUCUGUCUUUUAAGGGUUGGAAACUGGAACCGAAAUUUUAUUUGAUAUUUUUGUGUACAUUUAUAAAUAAAUGCAACAAAGUGACUUUCAGAGUCAAAAUCAACCUCUGCAGAGUACCGACAGGUUUUCAAAUGAAGUCUUUAAAGUCACCUAGAGUACAUUGUUUCCCUUAUGAAUCCAGGCCUUUGAAACCAAUCACUGUAUUGUUCCUUCAAUUAGAUUUUCCAUGGGUCAGUAAUUGCUCAUCCAGUUUUAUUACUUUUAAAGCUCUCGCUUAUCUCGACAGUGAGGAUAGAAUAUUGCUCCUUUCUUGCUCUGGUUGAGAAGUGAUGGAAAAGGAAACGAUUGAAUUACCCAGUGGAUUUCAUGAAAGGAGCUGUUGCACUCCCAUUAUCUUGAAGGCAUUGUUACUCUGUCCGCAUAGUUGCAUGUGGCUGUUGCAUUGUGUAUUGUGCAUUUCAUUAGUUUUUGUUCCGAAAUCGCACUAAAUAUUUCAGCAGUCGCUUCAUUACGUUGCAGAUAGUUUUUGUUAAGGCCACUUUGAUGUGGUCUCCCCCCUCUGCUCAUUCCUCCCGUGGCAACGUUUAGCACGCUUUAUUGAGCUGCGUUGAGUUUAAAACAAACCAAUAAGACACAAUGCCCCCACUGACUAGAAGUAACUAAUUAUAUUUGACUAGGUUUAGACUGUAGUUUUGGAUAAACGUAAUACAGAAGUAUAAGCUCAUGGCACUCUUUUUAUUUCUCCCAAAAGGGCUCAAGAAAUUCUAAAAAUGGUUUUAAAGGGCCAGAUUUUUACUUUUUUCAAUGUUCCUUCCUCCUGUCUUUAAUAAGCACUUUACAUUCAUCAUAGUGCCUUGGUAAACCUGCUUAAGUGGCUCUAUUUUUUCCAAACAUCAUAUAAUUACCAGAAUUGGAGGCAUUAUAAUGUUAGAUGAAUCUAAUUUAUCUUCCCGACCUGCAUAACCCGGAGAGACAUCCGUACUUUGCAUCUGUGUUUAUGAGCUGAGCCGAGCGUUUGGCUCAUCCAAAAGGAGCAAUGUGUUUAUAAGUACUGUAACGUCUGGCUGAUAAUUAAUUAAAGGUUCACCGAAUUAGAAUCUAGCGAAAUUACCAAAUGAAGACAAAUGGUUUCAAUCAGUCCCGGAUGUUGCUUCAUUUGGCUGCGCUACUUAGAAAAGUUUUUAAUGGGGAUGAAAAUAUUUUCAAAAAUUCAUGCUUGUAAUUUUGCAGUAUGGGGUUUUCCAUUUAAUGGGCACUACAUCUAUAGAAAUACUUUUCUUUUUAACCCAUCUGGGUUAGUCCGGAAAAGUUCUCAGAGAAAGUGCAGCGCAGUCGUUUGAAGAUCUGUGGAUUCUGGAUUGAGAGUUUAAAGAGGCAAAUUUCUUGAUAGCGGCCGGCUACUUCCUGGUUCUCUUUGCAUAUUUUAAGACAGAAACUCUGAUCAUCCGAGGUUCAUUUUCGUUAUCGGCCAGACGCAGCUCCGAGUCGCCUCCUGCUCACCAUCCCCUCUGUAACAAAAAACUCAGCGGGGCUGUGUGGCGUUCCAGUUCCCAUCUAGCUCACUGAAAUAGGCCCCGAACGCUUCUCAUUUCUUUCUGCAGCUCGUGCUCUCGCUUUUCCGUGUGUAAGUGCACUGGAAGAACCGAGCAAACCCCUCGGGGCACGCUGUGUGUGCGCAUCAACUAUUAUUUGUAAUCUCCCAUCUUCCAUUGUCAACGCGUAUGGACGGCUACGAAUGAGCCCGAAAUACUGCUGUGUUUUUCAGGCCCAUUCCAUGCAAUUUGCCUCCUGCAGUGUCUCUAGUGGGCUCUAACAUGGGGGGAAAGAGGGUAAGGAGAUGUUUUUUUUUUCUUCUGUAAAUGGAGAUUAGAGAGUGGAACGGUAGUUUCAUGAUUUAGGAUUAGGUCACUGGAGUUAUUACUGACCAAUUGCUGAAUGUAUUUCAUUUUACCGAUAUCUGUAUUCCUAUAACUGCUCCUCUGUUUGUAUACGGUGAUCAUAAGUUCAUUCAUAUUUAGUGUUAUACAUACGUAUUUACAGAGCUGCUUUUUAUUACCAGAGACUUUACAUUCCUGUAUUUUUGUUAUGGCAACACAGUUAUUGCAAGGUCUUUUUCUUUUCUUUUUUUUUCAUAUUUUCAUUUCAGCCCAAUAUAUCUCUCUGCUAACCCGUAAUUGAGACAUAAACUCAGAAAUAACACUGAAGCAGAAAUCAACACGGCCCCUGGAACACCACGACAAAACAGUAAAAGACAGAAGUUCAGUGUGGAUGUCUUGCUGCACACCAAAAGGUUACCUGUGAAGAAAUGAAUUAAAGUGGACUGGAGCAGACUGUGUGCAACCACAGAGAAGGAAAGUGUCUCGAAGAAAACUGAAUAUGUUGACAAAUAAAAAAAAAAACCUUUUUGUACAGAGAUAUAUUUUUGUGAAAAUACAUUUGUAAUAUAAAAAAGAAAAAAUGAAUUGACAUAUAUGUAAAUGUUUUUCUUUUUCAUUAUUGUAGUACAAAUGCUAGCGGGGAGUAUAUGAAGAAUCUCUCUAUAAAUAAAUAUAUAUAAAUAUAUAUAUAUAAAUAUAUACAAAGAAAACUAGAAACAAGGCUUUUUGUAUAUGUAAAAAAGAUUGUACAUAAAAGUUUACAUACAUACUGUACAUAUGUAAGACCCACCAUGGCUUGUCUGCAAUAUAUAAAAUGUAUUUUAUCCGUCUGUAUAUGAUGCUUUGCAUUGUGUCUAAGCUUAUUCUACUUUCUUGAACUUGAAACUUAUUUUGAAGGUUUUGGAAUAAAAUAUAAAACCUA